CCCGGGGCGCACCGGGAGGAGGGACCAGGAUCCGGUGCCGGGGCGCAGAUACUGACACCAAGGGAAUCCAGGUGCCCCUCCCCACGCCAUGUGGGCCCCCGGGAACCCGGUUCCGCCACCCCUGCUGCCCCAUGGCCUUGGCCUCAGUCCUGGCCCCUUGGAGAUCCUGCGGACAUUCAGGGAUUGGCUUCGCCACUGAGCCCUCGGGCUUCCGCCAGCCACCACCCCCACGCCCCUAGACCUCGGCGGGCCCCAGUCCCGGCUCCAUUGGUGCUUUCGCCCCAGCCGCAGCUAUGCUGCACACCGAGGGCCACGCUCUUCUUCGGGCCGUGGGUCAGGGUAAGCUACGCUUGGCCCGUUUGCUUCUGGAGGGAGGCGCCUACGUGAACGAGGGUGAUGCCCAGGGUGAGACUGCGCUAAUGGCGGCCUGUCGGGCCCGUUACGACGACCCCCAGAACAAGGCACGCAUGGUACGCUACCUCCUGGAGCAAGGCGCGGACCCCAACAUCGCAGACCGCCUGGGGCGCACCGCGCUCAUGCACGCUUGCGCCGGGGGAGGGGGCGCCGCCGUGGCGUCGCUGCUCCUUGCCCACGGCGCAGACCCCUCGGUGCGAGAUCACGCCGGCGCCUCGGCGCUCGUCCACGCCCUGGACCGCGGGGACCGCGAGACCCUUGCCACGCUGCUGGACGCCUGUAAGGCCAAGGGCACCGAGGUCAUCAUCAUCACCACCGACACCUCACCCUCGGGAACCAAGAAGACACGGCAGUAUCUCAAUUCCCCACCGUCCCCGGGGGUGGAGGACCCAGCUCCCGCCCCUCCCAGCCCGGGGGUCUGCACAUCGCCUUCGGAAAUCCAACUGCAGCCUGCGGGAGGAGGAGGAGGAGGAGGGGGAGGAGGACGGGCGCUGCUAUCUCCUCGCGCUCAGGAAGAAGAGGAGAAGCGGGACGUCUUCGAAUUCCCUCUUCCUAAGCCCCCCGAGGACCCCUCCCCUUCUGAGCCGCUCCCCAAACCCUCCCGUCACCCUCCAAAACCACUCAAAAGGCUCAACUCCGAGCCCUGGGGUCUAGUGGCCCCUCCUCAACCCGUCCCGCCCGCGGAAGGGAGGCCGGGGAUCGAGCGCCUGACCGCCGAAUUCAACGGCCUGACCCUGACCGGUCGACCCCGGCUUUCCAGACGUCACAGCACUGAAGGCCCGGAGGACCCGCCUCCGUGGGCGGAGAAAGUGACGGGCGGGGGUCCUCUCUCGCGCCGAAACACCGCGCCCGAAGCUCAGGAGUGCGGCCCCCCUUCGGGGCUGAGGCAGAAACUGAGCCGCAUGGAGCCGGUGGAGCUCGAUACGCCCGGGAAUAUCUGUCCCGACUCUCCGGAGUGCGGCCGCCCGUCGCUGGAGCGCCGCCGGUACAGCGCCUCCCCGCUGACCCUCCCUCCGGCCGGCUCGGCUCCCUCGCCGCGCCAGUCCCAGGAGAGCCUGCCCGGGGCCGUGUCUCCGCUGAGCGGCCGGAGGCGGAGUCCCGGGCUGCUGGAGCGGAGGGGCUCGGGGACGUUGCUCCUGGACCACAUCGCGCAGACGCGGCCUGGCUUCCUGCCUCCGCUCAACGUCAGCCCCCACCCUCCCAUCCCCGACAUUCGCCCCCAACCCGGAGGCCGGGCGCCUUCGCUGCCCGCCCCUCCCCAGGCGGGGGCGCCGGCCUCCCCUAGGACCAAGCGCAAGUUGGUGAGGCGCCACUCGAUGCAGACUGAGCAGAUCCGCCUGCUAGGGGGCUUCCAGAGUCUAGGCGGGCCCGGGGAGCCGGGGCGCUGAGAGGAGUGAGAGGAGUCAAGGAGGGUGGGGAUCAGGACCUUGAUGGGACAGGUGGGAGAACCAGCUCACACACACACCACGGACACGGGGGUCUCUUGCAUGUGCUCAUGGGCACGGUACACGCACACGGGGGUACAGAAAGUGUCCAUAAGCACAGUACUCUUAUUCGCAGAGAAGGGUAAGUACUCUAUUUACUGGGCAUACUGACACACGCAUUCAUGUCCUGGUCACUUCACAUGCAUAUGGGAAUUACUUGGGGACCCAUCCCUAGGAAUGGCACACACAGGGCCACUUGUGCUAGGGCCCCCCGUGGGUCCCAAACUCACUUGCAUCUGUUCAGAAGCAGUAGGGAGCCCCUACCUAUGGGGUGUCUCCAAUCUGUUUGCCCUCUUGCAAAAGCAAUCCCCUGCUUUCCAUGUAUGCCCUGCAACGCAGCUCCUUCAUGACUCUGCACACGACGCCCUGUUCCUGAAUAUCCUACUCCCUUGUGUAGGUCUUGCUUCUCUCUCCGGGCCUGGCUCCUUUCACACCCUGCUUCAGCCCUAACCACUUUUCAGGAUCUCUUCUUCACUUUUCCUUGGGGGUUUCCUGCAGCAAUCCCCAGCCUCAGUUCUGCUGCUGCCCUUCUUGCUCUCAGCUUUACUUCUCAGCUUCCUGCCUUUUAUUCCCACCUAGUCCCCCUAACCAAUCAACAGGUUGUCUCAUUUUCCCAGGGAGUGGGUCAUGGGCUCGACGCUGCUCUUCUGUCUGAGCUUAUGAACACCCCCACUGGUAGACGUGGGGAGUAGCCCUAAAUCACUCUUCUCUCCACUUGACAUAUCAAAUAAAUGUGUUCAGAAGUC